GGCACAAAAAGAGCUCGUACAUCUCACACCCGCGAAAACCAGAGCGCCACUGCUUUCCUUCUAAAUAUCUGACUAGGGUUUUCUCAAGGAAUUGCCUCUUCUAAUUUCUAUCUCUACUUCUCAUCGAGAUUACUUCGUCAUUUAUUUCCGAAUUUCUCUGAACAGCUUCUGUGCUUCUUUCACAGUCGCCUUGCAAGCAUUCUUUAUUAGAUACAUCAAAUGCCAAGGACAAGGUCUGCAGCUCGUGACUCAGAGUUUUCUGAAAAGUCUACUGAGCCAGAAAAGCCAAUGGAAUCUGAAGAGCGGGUUGAUCUUGAUGAAGACAAUGAUCCUGAGGAGACUUUGGAGGAAGAAGUGGAAUAUGAAGAAGUGGAGGAAGAAAUAGAAGAAGAGGUGGAAGAGGUGGAGGAGGAAGCAGAAUCUGAGGAAGACAAUGAGGAGGCAACUAAUAGGUCCGAUUCACAGAAAGGCUCAGAUGGCGAUGAAGAGAUGCAUACUGCUGCGACAGAUGAAAAUGAGAAGAAAAAACAUGCCGAACUCCUUGCACUACCUCCUCAUGGAUCAGAGGUGUACCUUGGUGGUAUUCCGCAGGAUGCUUCUGAAGAGGAUUUGAAGGGCUUCUGUGAGUCUAUUGGAGAAGUCACAGAGGUAAGGAUAAUGAAGGGGAAAGAUUCUGGUGAAGGCAAGGGUUAUGCCUUUGUGACUUUUAGAACUAAAGAUCUGGCGAGUAAGGCCAUUGAGAAGCUGAAUAAUUCUGAUUUGAAGGGAAAAAAGAUAAAGUGUUCAACAUCUCAAGCAAAACAUCGUUUGUUUAUUGGUAAUGUUCCCCGAAAUUGGACGGAGGCAGAUAUGAGGAGGGUAGUAAGUGAAGUUGGCCCUGGAGUUGAAUCUGUUGAACUGUUGAAGGACCCACAGAACUCCAGCAGGAACCGCGGAUUUGCUUUUAUCGAGUAUUAUAAUCAUGCAUGUGCAGAAUACUCAAGACAAAAGAUGUCAGACCCAAUUAAGCUUGACAGUAAUGCUCCAACUGUGAGCUGGGCUGACCCUAAGAAUGCAGAAUCUUCUGCUGCUUCCCAGGUUAAAGCAUUGUAUGUAAAAAAUUUACCAAAGGAUAUCACUCAGGAUCGCUUGAAAGCAUUGUUUGAGCAUCACGGAAAGAUCAUAAAGAUAGUCCUUCCACCAGCAAAAGCUGGGCAAGAGAAGAGCAGAUAUGGUUUUGUGCACUUUGCAGAGAGAUCGAGUGCCAUGAAGGCUUUGAAGAAUACUGAAAAAUAUGAACUUGAUGGUCAAGUUCUGGAGUGUUCUCUGGCUAAGCCACAGGCAGAUCAGAAGUCUCCUGGGGGUCCAAACUCACAUAAAUCAUCCAUAAAUCCAAGCUUUCCACCUCGCCUUGGAUAUGGUAUGGUUGGAGGUGCAUAUGGUGCUGUAGGUGCAGGAUUUGGCGCUGCAGGCUUUCCCCAGCCAUUGAUCUAUGGUAGGGGGCCGACGCCUUCAGGAAUGGCAAUGAUGCCAAUGCUUUUACCUGAUGGAAGGAUUGGAUAUGUACUGCAACAGCCUGGAGUACAACAACCACAGAGCCGUCCGCCACAGCCCAGGAGUGGUAGGACCGGGGCUGGGAGCAGUUCAAGUGGAGCAAGGCGUAGUAACGAUAGUACCCGAGGUCGCAGCCGUUAUAACCCAUAUUAAUAAUCUAAUUUCUUUCGGAAGGAAUUGGGAACGAAGGGGAGGGGAAUCUGCACCCAUGUUUUUCAGGCUUGUAUUUAUGAUUUAGCAUUUGGAGGAGUUCAAUUGAAAAUUAUUUGCAAACCCGUGACUUUUUUCACUAGUUUGGAUCUGUCAACCCAAUGAAGUUUUUAAGUAGGUUCAGUUGUUUGCAUUUCUUGUCAUUGUUUGGAAUCUUUUCAUCAAGUGGUUAUCUACCCAA